AUGGCGUCCUUCUUCUUCUUCUUCAUCACCUUCUUCGCCCUCUUAACACCACACUUUUCCGAAGCCCAACUCACCUGCACCACACAGAAAUUCACCAACAACAAACUCUAUGAUCAUUGUAAUGACUUACCUACCCUCAAUUCCUACCUCCAUUGGUCACUCGACCCUUCAGAAAACACCCUUUCCAUCGCCUUUCUAGCACCUCCGGCGACGGACGCCGGCUGGAUCUCAUGGGCCAUAAACCCCUCCGGCGAAGGGAUGGCCGGAGCACAAGCGUUACUCGCUUUUAAAGCAUCUAAUGGAUCGAUGGUUGUGAAGACGUACAAUAUAAGCUCGUAUAGUUCGAUUGUGGAAGGGAAGUUGGCGUUUGAUGUGAAGGAUAAGAGAGCGGAGUUUUCCGGUGGGUUGAUGAGGAUUUUUACGACGAUUGAGUUGCCGGAAAAGGGGAUGACGACGGUGAAUCAGGUUUGGCAGGUGGGAUCGUCGGUGACGGGAGGUGGGUUUCCGGCGAAACAUGGUUUUCAGGCGGCGAAUUUGGCGGCGAAAGGGAGGUUGGAUUUGUUAAGUGGACAGAAUACCGGUGGUGAUUCCAGAACUAAAAAGAGAAAUAUUCAUGGGAUACUGAAUGCGGUGAGUUGGGGAAUUCUAUUUCCGGUGGGAGUAAUUGUUGCUAGAUACCUUCGAACUUUCCCGUCGGCAGAUCCAACAUGGUUUUACGUUCACGCAUUUUGCCAAGUCUCGGCUUACACGAUAGGUGUUGCGGGUUGGGGAACCGGACUCAAACUCGGUGUCGAAUCAAAGGGUGUCACGUACAACGGCCAUCGGAAUAUCGGGAUCACUCUUUUUUGUCUUGCAACAAUCCAGAUUUUCGCAUUGUUCUUGAGACCAAACAAAAAGCACAAACUCCGAUUCUAUUGGAACAUCUACCACCACGGUGUCGGGUAUGCCAUUCUUGUUCUUGGCAUCCUCAACGUGUUCAAGGGUCUCGAUAUAUUAUCACCCGAAAGCAAAUGGAGAUCGACGUACGUAAUCGUGAUAUCUGCAUUGGGUGUCAUUGCUUUGUUGUUAGAAGUCAUUACAUGGAUUGUGGUCUUGAAGAAGAAGUGUGGAGGUAAGUCCACUAAACCAUAUGACAACAAGCAACAACCAUUGGCACCAUAGUUUGAGCUUCUUCAAUGGUCUUGAUGUUUGCUUUCAGUGGCAUAUAUGGUUUUAUCUUGUUCUUUUGCCUUAGAUUCUUGUAAUUUAUGCUACAUGGUAUAUUAUUUUACUUUACAAUUUGGUUGUAUUUUAUUGUUGUAUUAUGCAAUUAUAUGAAACGGGGUUUCAAGAUCA